AUGUCCAGCGAGACAGCCGUCAUAACCCAGCCGAGGUCGGCUCACAUAGCCAGCCAUGAGCUCAACGCGUUCAAUCAGCCUCGAGAUGACCGGCCUGGCUCAGAAGUACAGCAACAAUCUAAACCAGUCAUCCCCAAGUUUCAAGUUCUUGCGGCUGGUUUCUCGUUUUUCUGCGCUGGAAUUGACGGUGCUACUCUUGGACCUCUCCUCCCGUACAUCAUCCAAUCAUUCACCAUCAAUGAAGGUGAAGUAGCCAUCAUCUAUGCGUGCAUCUUCGCAGGAUGGGUCAUUGCUGCAGUGACCAAUCUGUUUCUUGCUACGAAGCUCUCUUUCUCCGCUCUCUUGACGUUUGGCGCUACUCUGCAGCUUGUUGCACAAUGCCUGCGUCCGUGGGCAUCUCAGCCAAUAUUCUUCCUAAGCUUUGUGGUACAAGCUGUUGGCAUGGGAUAUCAGGACACGCACGCCAAUGCUUGGGCAAGUGGAUUGCCAAACGCUCACCGCUGCCUCGGUUUUAUACAUGCCAUGUUUGCACUGGGCUGCCUCGUUGGACCUUUAGCCGCGACAGCAAUCGCGACAGCUACGGGGUCGGGCCAUUCGAAAACGAAUGGUAUUGAGGCCUGGAGGAUGGCAUACUUCCAGCUUAUCGGCAUUCAUGCUCUCAAUCUUGUCUGCAUGCUGCUUGCGUUUGGUAACCCGAUGAGACAAUGGAAAGCACCCGAGACUGCAGUACCUCAAGCCCCUGCCACCGCUACUGCGGACCCAGACGUUAUUCAACGGCGACGCAAUAAAGAAGCUAUUCGCGAUAUAGGACAGCUCUUUAAAAUGAAGAAUUUCUGGUUGAUUGGUGGCUUUUAUUUGUUCAACUGCGGCGCAUGGUCCGCUGCCGGAGGUUGGGUUGUGGAGUAUCUUGUGGCCCAUCGCGACGGAGCUCUCGAAAAGGUCGGCUAUGUCCCCACAGGUUUCUGGGCAGGCCUCUUCCUCGGUCGUCUACUCUUGGCCGAGCCGACACAUCGCUUUGGUGAACAAAGAUCAAUUAUGUGUCUCAGCGUUGUGUGCUUGAUGUUCCACCUCUUGUUUUGGCUUGUUCCAAAUCUUGUAGCGAGCGCUGUCGCCUUCUCAUUCAUGGGCUUCUUUUUCGGCCCCUUCUUUGCAACUGGCAUGAGUGUUGCGUCGAGAAUGUUUCCUCGCAAGAUUCAGUCCAUGGCUUUGGGCCUCGUUUUCGUACUCGCCCAGGCUGGAGCUGCCAUAUUUCCCUCCAUCACCGGACUUAUCGCGACGCGAGCUGGGUUAAAAGUACUCCAGCCAGUGAUCUUGGGCCUCAUUGUGGGCGGGGCCAUCUGUUGGUGGUUUAUUCCGAGAAUACCGGAGCGCAUGGACGAAUUUUCAGACUAG